AUGGAGUUUAUACAAGCGCUUUCAGCUGAAAAUGAUAAGCUCUGUCGUCAGUUCUCGCCCAAGUCGCGCAAGAGAUCGUUACUAGCCGAGAAGAGGAGCACCGUCGAAUUCCUCGAUCUGAGCGCAAUCACGGCCAAAGCAGCUGCUUUUCCUGGCGAAUUAGGAGCCAGCAUCUGUAGCAGUUCUUUACCAAGGGGAAGGAGAAAAGAAGAAGAGGCAGCGAAAAAGGACGGAAAAAGAAGUCGCACUGCUUUUGCUAAAAGCCCACCUCAACUCUCCCUUUCGAUCGAAGACAUAGAACGAAUGAAUCAAAUUCAAGAAGAGCUUGAUCAAAUGAUGAUCGACGAUUUGGAAAAGAAAGAAAAAGCUGGAAGACAUCGACAAAUGGAAAAUCCAGAUGUUUCAGAAAAAGACGAAAAGGAGGAGGAAUCUACUUUGGGUCUUGCUGACUCAACUUUCAAUACUAAAAUCGCAAGCAAUACAGAGAUUAUUUCCAACAAGAAGAUUCAAGAGAAAGAACAGAAAGAAGAAGAAGAAGCGAAAAUUAAAACAGAGAUUUUUCAAGAAGAUCAAAAACGAAACUUGAAAUUUCUUCCGUCGAGCCAUGCGAUCAAACGAAUGAGUUUGAAGCGAGCCGAUGAGAGUGUUGGUGCAGUUACACGAAGAGGCGUCCGAGCCGAGCUAGCUGAGAGCGGGUGGUCGAGAAAGAAUCAUGGUGCUACUACUAGCCACAAAGCAAGCCACUGUAAAGGCACCACAAGUGAAAAGAAGCAUCUGCCGAUGAAGCCGGUGCAGCGCGAGCUGAGCAAGCGGGAAAAGAACCGAAAACGCGUGGAGGAGCAACGCGAGCAGCGACAGAAGGAAUUUCGCCAACAGAUAAAACGUGCCGAGUCCAUGCGCCAUGAUUUGGCCAUGGAGAAGAUGAAGAUUAGACGCGUGGCUUCUUUUGGAGACCAUCCCCGUCGAGGCCGAAGCGAGCCGAAGCGCCGAAAGAGGUUAAAAACGCGUGGCGAGCGCAGCCGUCGUGCCGCUUCUGUCGAGUCGAGUAGGCAAAGUGGCCGAAGUGCCAAUAAGUCACAUGACAGUGGCAUCGCUCUCAACGAGACCAACGACUCCUCGCUUGACGUUUCCGAGCCGCCGCACCUCCAGAACUUUGCCAUCGACGAAGAGUCCGAUCAGAAAAACUGGGACUCUUCCGACGAGGAGAAACUGCGCCCAAGUAUCGUCUCUUACAAUGCUAAUUCGGAUCCCGAUAAUACAAUCCGCUUUCGCGAGCAAUUUCGAACCUUUAACGUCGCCCCCAAGCAGCCCGAUAGUGCUUCCUCGAAAUUCUACCACAAAUCGGAUGGCGACUUGCUGAACAUGUUCCGACCCUUGGAGCAAAUGGCGACGUUCGACCUUGGCUCGUUGAGCUUGUGCGAUUACUCGGCCGAUGAGCAGCUCGACUCGGCCGCGGGAUUGGACGAUUCCGCCGUCUUGGCCAAGUUCGACGACUUGAUCUCCCAGGUGGAGAAGAAACAGGCCGACUUGUCGAGGCACAAGUCGAAGAACGUGCGCAAAGCGGAGAAGAACGGCUGGAAGUCGGAGGCCGAUCUCAUGCGACCUGGAUCGGCGCUCGAGCAACUGUCGAACUUUGCUGACAGGCUAGAGGCGCAGAAGUCGAUCUCGCGGCACAAGAGCUUCGCUGCCAUUAGCAACACGAAGAAGGAACACGCCUCGGCUUCGAAAGCGACGACGACUUUAACGGAAAACAGCGCCAGCAAAAGCAAUAGCGCCAAGCCACGAAACCCAUCAUCGGAGGGAAUCCAGCGCGUUCCCUCUCUCGCCCUGCCCGACCUGAACGUUAUUCCACAGCUCUCUGAAUCCUUCCGCUCGAAGCUCCAGUCAUGGGACUCGUCCAAGCCAAACAGGCGACGACCUAAUAGCCUUUUAACUAAAAUAGCAUUAACCAACUGGUCGGAGAAGAAAGAUUUAUCACGCGCUUCCGGCAGCUCUUUAAAUUCCAAGUCGCUGGGCAGUGGCAUCGGCGCCGCCAAUUCGAAUUCAAAAUUGGCGACGGCGAAUUCGACGCUCCGCUCCGCCGAGCUCAGCCAGCUUCAGAUCGCGGAAGAAGCCGACGAAGUGGCCAAAGCUGCGAAGAGAAGGCGCGCGCGCUGCUGUUUCUUUUCCAUUUGUACUUAA